ACUGGCACAAAGGAUGUUUCCACUGCGAAGUUUGCAAGAUGACGCUGAACAUGAAGAACUACAAAGGCUAUGAUAAGAAACCCUACUGCAACGC